CCUCAAGUGCUGCCUAAGGACGACGCUUUCGCCUUUGAAUUGCUCACCUCACAGAAUCACCUGCCCAAAAAAGGUCACUUCAUCUGCUGCGUUUGUCUUAAACCGGGCCACCUGCCGGUGAAAUUGAAGGAGAAGUCGACUGAUGACAAGGCUGAUAACAACAAGGAAAAGACUGGUAACAAAAAGACCCUCUUCCUAAAGAAGGCUAGUCGUCGGGGUGCUUUCCGUUUUCCCCCCAUCAUCCUUAAUCGACCCCUCAACCUCAAGACUGUGAAGCCAGCAAAUCCGACGAAACGAAUGCAAAGACAACAACAGCAGAAGCCGAAGAGGACAAAUCGGGUCAGCCCUAGUUGUCCGCCCCUCGUCCCCUGCAGUGGACGCUGCUCGCACUUCCUGCAUGUUGAUUGCAUCAACUACGCUGCAUCCGCUAAACCGGAGCCGGCGGGCGCUCCGGUAUCCCCACAACGAACCAAGGCUUUUUGUUUCUUCUGCAGAGCCGGUCUCCGUCAAUGCUCUAUUUGCAUGAUCAAGACGCCGCCGAGCACCACAAUGCGGCCCACUCCGAACCCGAUACUGACGCGGAAGGAGUAUCACACAGCAAUGGCUUCCCUUCUGCAAAACUCCUACCACCCAUGCAGGUCUGCUCCGUAA